GGAAAUGAUGAUGUUUGGCUGGGCUUAGAAAAAGCAGCGUAUGGUGCUUUAAUGCGCACGAUGACUGGUUUCAUGGAAACACGAGCCGUGAGCAAUGCUUCCACAAAUAAUUCUGAGGUGCCUGUUACGCCACCACUGGAACGUAUACGAAUAACCCUUUCCUUAAAAAAUUCCAUGGACAUUCCAUUGCUUUUGAGGAAAAUUCAUUUGGAGGUAUCAGCUGAUCCUACAUCGUACAUGCAAAGUUUCGUGGAUGAGUUUUCCCUGGAAGCGACUUCUGAUUGGAUUCCGCUCGAAUUUGCAAUCGUUCCCAAUGAAAAUGUUGAAGAAAUACGAGUGAAGAGUUUGUUAUUCGAAUUGGUUGUGGAUAGCAUCGGUGUCGCCUGCUCAAUUCCGCUGUUUAUUCGCGGACCACGUCUGUUCACUUCCAAAAAAGAGGUACCACAGAACCUUGUUAAAACUUACAGAUUGAGUAGUUUAUAG